CGAAUGAAUCGAUUGUCAUCUGAUGGAGGCUAGGCGAUGCUCGUCCUUUGAGAAAAGAAAAAGACUGUUUUAGAUUAGUCUACCGAAAUUGUUUAUUUUGGUAGAAAAGAUCAACUACAAGAAUGCCAUCCCUUUUAUUCUGCGGUCCGAAAAUGGCCGCUUGUGGAAUAGUGAUCAGCAUAUGGGGAGUCAUCAUGCUGAUAUGUUGUCUCUCAUUCCUACCUGCAAAAGGAUCAACCACACAGACAACCGGUAAAGUGAUGUUGGGGAUCUUCUUCAGUGCAAAGUCUGCUGUACUGAUUGAGGACGUGCCCUUCACAGAGGAGGACAUCCGCAAUGAUAAGAACCCCCCGGGGACCAUCUAUGGACUCUACAACCAGGUGGGCAUCAACUGCUUCAUCGCAGCAGCCAUUUAUGUUGCAGUGGGGGCGGUGUCACUCUGCCAGGUCCGACUCAACAAGCGCCAGGAGUACAUGGUGACAUAAGUUCCCCUGCAGCAUCAGAAGAUUACACACACACACACUCUAUUUCAAGUUCUCAAGGCAAGCAACCUUAUAAAAAGCUAUUUAUUAACUUCUGAGUAAAACAUUCAACAUAAGUUCUCUCUGUUAUAUGCUAUUGACUGAAAUGUAUCAUUCCUUGUAUUUGCAUACAACUAUUUAUUGAAUUGACCAAAACUAUAACCCAAAAAUGCUGUCAAUUGAUAAUGAUAAAUAAAAUUGUAAAUCUUGUUCCCCUCAAGGUCCAAACAUUUCAUUACAUAGAUCAUGUGUGCUAGAUAACUCACCACAAAUUCCUAGGUGCAACAGACCACUACAAAGUUACAAAAAUAUGUAGAACUAUCUCCUGUUUCAAUAGAGCAAUCUGAAUUCACCACAAAUUCAUAAUGGUCAAUGUUUGUCAAAUCAAGAGAUAUGUCAAAAAUGGUUAAAUAUGUACAUUUUGUGUACUGUGUCUUUUGUGUUUAUUUAUGUGCUGCUGUGAAUUGUAUGCUGUUGAGAUAUAGCUCUUAAUUUGUUAGUCACUUAUGUAGUAGUUCCUCAGAAGAGUAUGGUGCACAAAAUGUUUGAAUUAAGUAUAUAUUUAUUUAAUGUGUUUAUUGUAUUUUCCCCAGCCUUGCUGUUUUCCUGAGUGUAAUGAUGUGAAAGGAUCUAUAUAAAUGGUACUUGAUGUGAAGGA